AGACCAACCAUGGCUGGAUCCGGAAGCUCAGAGGUGAGAACCCCAAUUUUCUCUGGUGAAAAUUAUGAGUUUUGGAAGAUUAAGAUGGUGACCAUAUUCAAAUCAUAUAGGCUUUGGAAUCUGGUAGAGAAGGGAAUUCCAGUUUCAGAUUUGAAGAAGAAGAAGAAGGCAAAUGAGGAGACCUCAGAGGAAGAAGAUGAUGAGAAAGCAGCUACAAUCCUCAUGAAGGAUGCAAAGGCUUUGGGUAUUAUCCAAAAUGCAGUCUCAAAUCAGAUUUUCCCACGAAUUGCAAAUGCAGACUCUGCCAAAGCGGCUUGGGAGCUGUUGUAUGGAGAAUUUCAUGGUGGAGAUCACGUUAGAUCAGUAAAACUUCAAAAUCUCAUACGUGAAUUUGAAUAUACUAGAAUGCAUGAUAAUGAGUCUUUGUCUGCUUACCUUAUUAGACUGAAUGAUCUGAUUAAUCAAAUGAAAACAUAUGGUGAAGUGCUCUUGAAUGAGAGGCUUGGGCAAAAGCAAGAAGUAAUUGCUAUUUUGAAAAGUCAAGAUCAACGUUUUGAGUUGCACAACGCAGAUGCAAUUGAGAAAGCUUUUGCCUCGUUCACAGCAAACCUUAGGAAUCAAAAGGCAAGCCUCAAAUGGAAUAAUUCUGCGCAGACUCACAGCUCAUCUAUAGGUCAAGAAGCUGUAAAACCCCAAUGCAAGGUGUGCUCCAAGUAUCACUUUGGAGAAUGCAGGUAUAAAGGCAAGCCAAAGUGUUACAACUGUGACAGGUUUGGUCACUUGGCUAGAGAGUACACUGCAGAGAAGGCUGUGCAUAAGGCAAACUGUGCAAGUCAAAAGGAGGUGACUGGAAAUCUGUUUUAUUCAAAUUGUGCUACCAUUGAGUCAAAACCAAAUGGAGAUUGGUAUAUUGACAGUGGCUGUAGUAAUCACAUGACUGGCAAUGUUGAUUUACUUGUGGAUGUGAAAACAAAUGUGGCUGGACAGGUACAAAUCCCAAUUGGUGCACUUGUGAAGGUGGCUGGCAUGGGUUCAUUGAUGGAUGAGCAUGGAUAUUUUCUGGUGUUUGGAGGUGGAAUGUGCAAGGUGUUUGAUAGUUCUUCAAUGAACUACCUCAUCAUCAAAGUUCCAAUGAAGAAGAACAGAUGCUAUCCCCUAUCCCUCCUAGCUGAAAACCAAUUGGUCAUGAAGGCUAGUAUCACUCAGUGCAUAUGGACUUGGCACAAAAGGCUAGAACAUUUGCAUUUUAAAGGGUUUAAAAUAAUUAAGAGAUAA